GGGCCCCCGGGCGCCAAUGCGCCCAGCUCCGGCCCGUGCGCGGCCGCCCGGGAUUCGGAGCGCCAGCUGCGCCUCCGCCUCUGCGUCCUCAACGAGAUCUUGGGCACCGAGAGGGACUACGUGGGCACCUUGCGCUUCUUGCAGUCGGCAUUCCUGCAUCGCAUCCGGCAGAAUGUGGCGGACUCAGUGGAGAAGGGCCUGACGGAGGAGAACGUCAAGAUCCUGUUCUCCAACAUCGAAGACAUCCUGGAAGUUCAUAAGGAUUUCUUGGCUGCCUUGGAGUUUUGUUUAUAUCCGGAGCCUCAGUCUCAGCACGAACUUGGGAAUGUUUUCUUAAAAUUCAAGGACAAGUUCUGCGUGUACGAGGAAUACUGCAGCAACCAUGAGAAGGCCCUGCGGCUGCUGGUGGAGCUGAACAAGAUCCCCGCCGUGCGUGCUUUCCUUCUGAGCUGCAUGCUUCUGGGAGGCCGGAAGACCACGGACAUCCCUCUGGAGGGCUACCUGCUGUCUCCUAUUCAGAGGAUCUGCAAGUACCCGCUCCUCCUCAAGGAGCUGGCCAAGAGGACCCCCGGCAAGCACCCUGACCACCCCGCGGUCCAGAGUGCCCUGCAGGCCAUGAAGACUGUCUGCUCCAACAUCAAUGAGACCAAGCGGCAGAUGGAGAAGCUGGAGGCCCUGGAGCAGCUGCAGUCACACAUCGAAGGCUGGGAGGGCUCCAACCUCACGGACAUCUGCACUCAGCUCCUCCUGCAAGGGACUUUGUUAAAAAUCUCCGCGGGCAACAUCCAGGAGAGAGCCUUCUUCCUCUUUGACAACCUCCUUGUCUAUUGCAAGCGGAAAUCCAGGGUCACAGGGGGCAAGAAGUCCACCAAGAGGACCAAAUCGAUCAACGGCUCCCUGUACAUCUUCAGGGGUCGAAUCAACACUGAAGUCAUGGAGGUGGAGAACGUGGAGGAUGGGACAGCGGAUUACCAUAGCAACGGCUACACUGUCACCAAUGGCUGGAAGAUCCACAACACAGCCAAGAAUAAGUGGUUCGUCUGCAUGGCCAAGACCGCGGAGGAGAAGCAGAAGUGGCUGGAUGCCAUCAUCCGUGAGCGGGAGCAGCGCGAGAGCCUGAAGCUGGGCAUGGAGCGGGAUGCCUACGUCAUGAUCGCGGAGAAGGGGGAGAAGCUUUACCACAUGAUGAUGAACAAGAAGGUGAACCUGAUCAAGGACCGGCGGAGAAAGCUGAGCACCAUCCCCAAGUGUUUCCUCGGCAAUGAGUUUGUUGCCUGGCUCCUGGAAAUUGGCGAAAUUAGCAAGACAGAAGAAGGCGUGAACCUGGGCCAGGCCUUGUUGGAGAACGGCAUUAUCCACCAUGUCUCUGACAAGCACCAGUUCAAGAACGAGCAGGUGAUGUACCGCUUCCGCUAUGAUGAUGGCACCUACAAGGCCCGGAGUGAGCUGGAGGACAUCAUGUCCAAGGGUGUGAGGCUUUACUGCCGUCUUCACAGCCUCUACACUCCCGUGAUCAAGGACCGCGAUUACCACCUGAAGACGUACAAGUCGGUGCUGCCUGGGAGCAAGCUGGUGGACUGGCUGUUGGCUCAGGGCGACUGCCAGACGCGGGAAGAGGCGGUGGCACUGGGCGUGGGCCUGUGUAACAACGGCUUCAUGCACCACGUGCUGGAGAAGAGCGAGUUCAAGGAUGAGUCCCAGUACUUCCGCUUCCACGCAGACGAGGAGAUGGAGGGAACCAGCAGCAAGAACAAACAGCUUCGCAAUGACUUCAAGCUGGUGGAGAACAUCCUGGCCAAGCGCGUGCUGAUCCUGCCCCAGGAGGAAGACUAUGGCUUUGACAUCGAGGAGAAGAACAAGGCUGUGGUGGUCAAGUCGGUCCAGAGAGGCUCGCUGGCUGAGAUGGCUGGCCUGCAGGUGGGGAGGAAGAUCUACUCCAUCAACGAGGCCCUGGUGUGCCUGCGGCCCUUUGCGGAGGUGGAGUCCAUCCUCAACCAGUCUUUCUGCUCCCGCCGCCCGCUGCGCCUCCUGGUGGCCACCAAGACCAAAGAAGUCAUCAAAGUCCCCGACCAUCCAGAGGCUCUGUGCUUCCAGAUCCGUGGAGCUGCACCGCCAUACGUCUAUGCUGUGGGGAGAGGCUCCGGGGCUGCGGCUGCAGGGCUCUGUCCUGGCCAGUGCAUCCUGAAGGUAAAUGGCAACAACGUGAUGAAUGAUGGAGCGCCAGAGGUCCUGGAACACUUCCAGGCAUUCCGGAACCACCGGGAAGAGGCCCUGGGCCUGUACCAGUGGGUCUACCACACCCACGAGGAUGCGCAGGAGGCCCGGGAGGCCCACGGUGAGGACCCCAGUGGUGAGGGGGCCGGAGAGGAAGACCAGCCCAACUCAGUCUUCCCCCUGCUGUCCCUGGGUCCCCAGCUGAGCCUGCACGAGGACAGCCCUGUGGUCAGCCUGACCGUGGACAACGUGCACCUGGAGCACGGCGUGGUGUAUGAGUACGUGAGCACGGCAGGCAUCCAGUGCCACGUGCUGGAGAAGAUCGUGGAGCCACGGGGCUGCUUCGGCCUCACCGCCAAGAUCCUUGAGGCCUUUGCUGCCGACGACAGUGUCUUCAUGCAGAAUUGUGGACGGCUCAUGGCCCUGAGCAGUGUCGUGAAGACCAUGUUCCACUAUGAAUUCCGCAACACCUGUGACACCAAGCUGGAGAGCAUUGGCCAGAGGAUCGCCUGCUACCAGGAGUUUGCAGCUCAGCUGAAGAGCAGGGUCAGCCCACCUUUCAAACAAGCUCCCUUGGAACCCCAUCCACUGUGUGGCCUGGACUUUUGCCCCACAAAUUGCCACGUCAACCUCAUGGAAGUGUCCUACCCCAAGACCACGCCCUCGAUUGGCAGGUCCUUCAGCAUCCGCUUUGGUCGCAAACCUUCCCUCAUCGGCCUUGACCCAGAGCAAGGUCACCUGAACCCCAUGUCCUACACCCAGCACUGCAUCACCACCAUGGCUGCCCCGUCCUGGAAGUGCCUACCUGCUGUGGAUGGGGACCCCCAAAGCCAGGGUCCCAAUGACAGCAGCUUUGGGCCAGCCAAUGGAACCCUUGGCCAGGAGGACCGGGGCCUGAGCUUCCUACUCAAGCAGGAGGACCGUGAGAUCCAGGAUGCCUACCUGCAGCUCUUUACCAAACUGGAUGUGGCCCUGAAGGAGAUGAAGCAAUAUGUCACCCAGAUCAACAGGUUGCUGUCCACCAUCACGGAGCCCACCUCGGGUGGGUCCUGCGAUCCCUCCUUGACCGAGGAGGCCUCGUCGCCCCCGCUGGUCAGUGAAGAGAGUGAGAUGGACAGGACGGACCACGGGGGCAUCAAGAAAGUGUGCUUCAAGGUGUCUGAGGAGGAUCAGGAGGACUCGGGUCACGACACCAUGAGCUACCGCGACUCCUACAGCGAGUGUAACAGUAACCGGGACUCCGUCCUGUCCUACACCAGCGUGAGAAGUAACAGCUCCUACCUGGGCAGCGACGAGAUGGGGUCUGGGGACGAGCUGCCCUGUGACAUGAGGAUCCCAUCAGACAAACAGGACAAGCUUCACGGCUGCCUGGAGCAUCUCUUUAACCAGGUGGACUCCAUCCACGCGCUCCUCAAGGGACCAGUCAUGAGCAGGGCUUUUGAAGAGACCAAGCAUUUCCCCAUGGACCACAGCUUGCAAGAGUUCAAACAGAAAGAGGAGUGUACAGUCCGUGGCCGGAGCUUGAUCCAGAUCAGCAUCCAGGAGGACCCCUGGAACCUCCCCAAUUCCAUCAAGACCCUGGUGGACAACAUUCAGAGAUACGUGGAAGACGGGAAGAACCAGCUGCUCCUGGCCUUGCUGAAGUGCACAGACACGGAGCUGCAGCUGCGGAGGGACAGCAUCUUCUGCCAGGCCCUGGUGGCCGCCGUGUGCGCCUUCUCCGAGCAGCUGCUGGCCGCCCUGAGCUACCGCUACAACAACAACGGCGAGUACGAGGAGAGCAGCCGGGACGCCAGCCGCAAGUGGCUGGAGCAGGUGGCGGCCACCGGCGUCCUCCUGCACUGCCAGUCCCUGCUCUCGCCGGCUGUGAAGGAGGAACGGACCAUGCUGGAGGACAUCUGGGUGACCCUGUCAGAGCUGGACAGUGUCACCUUCUCCUUUAAGCAGCUGGACGAGAACUACGUGGCCAACACCAACGUCUUCUACCACGUCGAGGGCAGCCGGCAGGCACUGAAGGUCGUCUUCUACCUCGACAGCUACCACUUCUCCAAGCUGCCCUCCCGCCUGGAGAGUGGGGCCAGCCUGAGGCUGCACACUGUGCUCUUCACGAAAGCUCUGGAGAACAUGGAGGGGCCACCUCCUCCAGGCAGCCAGGCUGCGGAAGAUUUGCAGCAGGAGAUCAAUGCUCAGUCGCUGGAGAAGGUUCAGCAAUAUUACCGCAAACUCAGGGCGUUUUACCUGGAACGGUCUAACCUGCCCACGGAUGCCAGCACCACAGCCGUGAAGAUAGACCAGCUCAUCCGCCCUAUCAAUGCCCUGGACGAGCUUUGCCGUCUCAUGAAGUCCUUCGUGCACCCCAAGCCCGGCACCAGUGGGAGCUUGGGCGCUGGCCUCAUCCCUAUCUCCUCUGAGCUCUGCUACCGCCUGGGGGCCUGCCAGAUCACCAUGUGUGGCACGGGCAUGCAGAGGAGCACCCUGAGCCUUUCCCUGGAGCAGGCGGCCAUCCUGGCGCGGAGCCACGGGCUGCUGCCUAAGUGCGUCAUGCAGGCCACGGACAUCAUGCGGAAGCAGGGCCCCAGGGUGGAGAUUCUGGCCAAAAACCUCCGAGUCAAGGAUCAGAUGCCCCAGGGUGCACCGCGGCUCUACCGCCUCUGCCAGCCGCCCGUGGACGGAGACCUCUAAAUGCCGAGAUGCCCGGUGCUUGGCUGCACCCCCUGGAGCCGGGAUUUGGGAGGACACCGGGGGCCAUGCAGCCUUCUCCAGAGCUGGCCCGAGGCCUCCUCUCCCGCCUGCUUCGGGCUCUGUCUGGCCGCCUCCACUGCGUCCUGUGAGGACAGCCAGUAUCCUCGCUCUUGGACGAGCUGGCUGACUGGCCUUGGGCUGGCACAUUCUCCACACUUCUGCCAGAAGCCCGAGGGGUGCUGGGGACCCACAGAACUGAUGGGUGCAGCCAGGGCCUGGGCUCCUGCCCGCAAGUCCCCAGGACACAGCGGAGAAGUCGUGGUCACUGCAGCUGGAGGCCUGCAGACCCAGCUGCCUCGGGACGGCUCAAUCUGCACUUUUGAAACCAUUGGUUUCCUUCUAAGUCCACAUUCCAGGCGACCACAUGUGUCUCCUCCUCCUCCUCACCUUAGCUUCCAGAUUCACCCCUAACCCUGUACUAACCUGCUCGGUGGACUCGGAAAAGCCAGGCCUCUGCCAGGAAAGACGGAGGGACAGGGCACAACACCUGUUACCGAGAGGAAGCCACACCGCAGUCCAACACCUGCGCCAUUGGAACUGGAGACAUCAGCCCCGGGCUUGAGAUUUGCUCUGACUUUAUUUAUAUGGCGUGAAAUCUCUACAGUUUAUUUUGGAGUUUAAAUGUCAUUGUUAUUGUCAAGAUUUUUUCUUCCAGUUUGAAUGAUUAUAUAUUUGACAUUUAAAAUUUCAAAGAAAGCUGUAUUGUCUAACAGGGGACCAACAUAAAUGUAGUAUCAACAGCUUUUCCCAGUUCUACUAAAAAAAAGAAAAAAGAAAAAAAAGAAAAACUAAAUUAUUGAAAAUUCAAAAAAUAUAAGUCUUUCAUCUUUUUUAAUAUUAGAGUCUUAAGAUACAGCUUACAGGUGCCGGCUAGGAUUCCUUUUCCCACCCGCUCUGUGUCUGCAGCGGUUGGUCAGUAUUAGGAUGAAUUACUUUGUUCUGUUUGAAGGGUUUGACAGGCGGCGAGGCCAGGCCUGGGAGUUGGAGGGGUUGAACUACCCACCUGAGAGGCUGUCCCACGCCGGCGUCUGACCUCUGCGGGCAGGAGGCUGCUGGGAAAUAUUGAAUGGUGGCUUCUAUAAUUUAUUUUUUGAUAUUAACCCAGAGCAGGGCAUUUGGGACUUCUCAGCCAGCCAGAGAGACAGGAAGCCACCCUGCCCACCUUCUGGGCACAGGGACCUACACAGGAUCAUCACCCACAGCAGUUUGUCUCCUUCAGUUCCUGGGUGCCAGCAGGGAAAUGUCUCAGCAGAGACAGAAGGGAGGGGAUGUCUUUCCACCCUUGGCUGAUGGGUGAGAUCAGAUAUGGGCUUCCCGUGGUCCCUGAGGCUGGGAGCCCCACCGGCAUCUUGGCCCCUGUGCCCACAGGGGCUGCACUUCUUUCUCUUGCCUCUGGGCAUGCCAGAAUGCAAGAGGUGGGCUUGUUGCUGGACAGAGGUGACACUGAUGCAAACGAGGACCUACUAAGAGGGGCCCCUGAGGGCAAGGGCGUCAUGCACUGGUUUACUUUAAACUGUACAGACCUUCUCAAUUCGUGAUAGAUUUUUUUUAUUAUUAUUAAAAGUCGAUUUAUAAUACAAA